AUGUUGAAUCUUCUUUAAGCGAAAAAGUUAGAUGAAAUGCCCCUGAAUGUCAUUCUGAAAGUAUAAUCCAUCAUUAAUAAUAAAAAUACUAAUUAAAGCAAGUCUAAAAUUUUCUUGAUGGAUUAUAUCCAUUUGAUCUAAGUGAAAGAGUCAAUAGAGAAUGACCAUAUAGUAGUUAGGUUUAUGGAUGAUAACCAAGACUAUAUCCCAAAAAAAGAGAUCACAUUGACCGAAAAUUAUUCAGAAGAAUUUUCAUCAGCCCUAUAUUAACAUAUAUUGGAAAACCAAAAAAAGGACGAUGAGUGCCACUAUUUGUAUUUUGUAAGUGAUUAAUAAACUAAUAAAUUUUUUAGAAUGAACCUUUAGAGCGCAUGACAAAAUAGAGAUUCGAUUUGAUCUCAUAGUUGAGUGUAGAUGUUAUACUUAAAUUAUUAAACUUAAAAUAUAUACCGAUUAUAAGAACAAAUUAUACUUGCUACACAAUUGAAGAUGUAAUUUGUGCAAAUAUUCAACCUAGACUAUUCAAGUGGGAAGCAAAUCAGUAAUUGAGAAACUGAAUUAGAGUUGGUAAACAUAAUGCAAAUUAAAAUCUAAGAUCACAAAAGAGUUCAUAUCCAUAUUAAAUGAUUUUAAAUAUUACUACCGUAUUGAUAUACUGUUGGCAUCAACAUUACAAUAAAUAAAAAAGGAGAAAUAUUCAAGCUAUGACGUGCUUUAUGUACCAACAGAUGAGUUAAUAAAAUUAAAAACAGGCAAAGAAUUAUAAUAAAUAUCACUCUCACUUCAGAAUUUUAAGAAAUUGAAUUUGUUAAAAUGA